UUCGAGUCGCUGUGAAGAUUGGAUUGGAUCGAGUUUUGUGUCAGCUCUGUCCCAGAUUCUAUGCCUCCCCAUCCAAGUUUUGCUUUAUAAUGACAGCCCCAGGUACCCUACAUUUAGUGAGAGCGGGUCAAAGGAGAAGCAGAGGAGGAGGAAGAAUUGUAAAGUUUCAAGAGUGAGGGCUCAGGAGUACUGCACUAACAAGCCUCCUCAGAAGUGGAUUAUCAGAUCAAGAAAACAAAAGGGGAAAAAGAGAGGGUAUGUAUCACCUCCACCAUCACCAAGGAAAGAACAGUUCCCCUUCUUCACGGAUGUCCAUUCCUUCAGAAAGGCAUUUGUUCUUGCAAGGAGGAAAUGGACCUGGAGAUAGAGGACUAGUUCUUUCAACUGAUGCUAAGCCUAGACUAAAAUGGACACCAGAGCUCCAUGAGCGCUUCAUAGAAGCAGUCAAUCAGCUUGGAGGACCAGACAAGGCUACACCAAAAACAGUAAUGAAGCUCAUGGGAAUUCCAGGACUUACCUUAUACCACCUAAAAAGCCAUCUUCAGAAAUACAGACUCAGCAAGAAUCUUCAUGGACAAACUAAUAUUGGAACCAGCAAGAUCAGUUGCAUGGCAGCAGUGGCAGGAGAGAGGAUAUCUGGAGCAACUGGAGCACUCAUGAGCAACACAAACCUCAGUUCCCAGACAAGCAAAGGCAUGCAGAUAAGUGAAGCAAUACAGAUGCAAAUCGAAGUGCAGAGAAGACUACAUGAGCAGCUUGAGGUGCAGCGACACUUACAGCUCCGCAUUGAAGCCCAGGGAAAAUACCUACAAUCGGUGCUGGAGAAAGCCCAGGAGACACUUGGAAGGCAAAACAUCGGUCCCGCAGGCCUAGAAGCUGCCAAAGUGCAGCUCUCUGAACUAGCAUCCAAAGUAUCUACAGAAUGCCUGAACUCUGCCCUUUCUGAGUUGAAAGAAAUGCAAGGUUUGUGCCCUCAGCAAACACAAACAAACCAGCCUGCAGAUUGUUCAAUGGACAGUUGCCUCACUUCAUGCGAAGGAAGUCAAAAGGACCAAGAGAUACACAACAUUGGGAUGGGCCUGGGACCUUAUCACCGUAGUACACCCCUGGGCCCAAAGGAAAUCAGAGAUGAGUCCAUGCCUGAUCAGACUGAACCCACAUGGGACAGAGACCUAAAAGGGAAUAAAAUCUUCCCUUCUUCCAUGAGAAGAGACACAGAACGGGUCACGUUCCCCAUACAAAGGAGCUCCACUGACUUACUUAUGAGCAUUAGAGUCCAAGGAGAAAAGAGGCAAGAUGGCUGCAGCUUUUAUGAGGGAACACCUAAAGGAGAUGAGGAUGAGCACUUCCUCCAACAAACCAACACCAGAAGAUCUGCAAUUGAACCAGAGAAUGAGAAGACAUUGAAAGACUUCAGACUGCCUCAUCUAACAGCAAAACUGGACCUAAAUGCUCAUGAUGAAAAUGAUGCAUCCUCGAACUGCAAACAGUUUGACUUAAAUGGAUUCAGCUGGAGCUGAAUGGCCAUACUGCAAGUUAAAUGUGAUAGUUAAAUCUGAAGAUGACCCCUUGUUUUCCUUUUUGUUUUCUAUAUAAGUAGAGAAAAUUUUGAA